AUGCGCUGCUUCAUCAGCCUCGCUCUCGGCCUGCUGGCCCUGGAAGUGGCCCUCGCUCAGAAUCCACGGGAACAAGUCUUCGACUCAGUCCAGGUCAUGUGCCCUGAAGCCAGCGCCAGUGAGAACCCAGAGUGUAUCAACUGUCGCACCAAAGCAGAGUGUGCCCAGAAUGCCUUGUGUUGUCGCAGUUCCUGCAAUGCCAUUUGCAAGACUCCUGUCAACAUUGAUGCUCCAAAGGCUGGCCACUGCCCCUGGAAUCCAGUCAACCUGAUCCCCACUGGCCCAUGUCUGGUGAAAGAUUCAUGUUCCAGGGACAGUGAUUGUACUGGCAACAAGAAAUGCUGCAAAUACGGCUGCGCCAUGAAGUGUAAGAGCCCACAAGCAGGAAUGAGUGUCAAUGAGCAGGGCCUGGAAAAACAGAUGGUUCUGCCACUCAAAGCUAGUCCUGGUGAGGGUGUCUCACCCACCUGCCUAUUUGGUGAUAUAAAGAACCGUACACGCUCACCUGCAAAAGCAGCAGCCUGCCCUGGGAUCCCUGACUGCCAGGAGUGA